AUGAAGGUAUACGAUCCCGAUUUCGAUAGAGCCGUUAUGUGUGAGCAGAUUGUAGGAUUAGGAAAUGGGAAUCUUGAAGGUGUUAGAUCUAAUAUUAAGAGGAAACGAUUGAGUUCUGAGGUCGGAUUGAAUUCCGAUUUCAAGAAUCUGAAAAGGGUUACUGUUAGCGGCGGCGGUGAAUGGGAUCACGAUAGAAGGAUAUCGAAAUCUUGUUUUCCGGUGGGGUUGAGAGGCUUGAACAAUUUGGGCAACACGUGUUUCAUGAACUCUGUGUUGCAAGCAUUGCUUCAUGCUCCUCCUUUUAGAAAUUACUUCCUUAGUGGUAGACAUAACAAGGAUUCUUGCCGGAAAGCCUCUAACGACCGGUUUUGUUUAUCCUGUGACAUCGAGGUCAUCUUCUCCGCAGUGUUUUCCGGUGACCGGGCACCCUACAGUCCUGCUCAAUUCCUAUACAGUUGGUGGCGGCUUUCAGAAAAUCUUGCUUGUUACGAGCAACAAGAUGCUCAUGAAUUCUUCAUGUCAGUGCUCGAUCGGAUCCAUGAGAAAGAAGGGAAAACAAGAAACACAAGCAAAGAUAAUCCCGCCGGAGAUUGCCAUUGUGUAGUUCAUAGAGCGUUUUCUGGGUUACUGAGAUCCGACGUCACCUGCACAACCUGCGGUUUCACUUCCACUACCUACGAUCCAUGUGUAGACAUAUCUCUUGAUUUAAACACAAAUAUCGAUCAUACUCUUCAUAUCGCAAGUAACAAAGCACAAAAGUCAACAGACACCGGAAUUUCAACUUUGACUAGUUGCCUGGACCUUUUCACCCGGCCGGAAAAAUUGGGCUCCGACCAAAAACUAUUCUGCCAAAACUGUCAAGAAAGACACGAAUCUGUUAAACAAAUGUCAAUCAGAAGACUCCCGUUAGUCUUAUGUUUACAUGUGAAACGAUUCGAACACUCUCUUGCAAGAAAAGCGUCACGAAAGAUCGACCGACAUUUACAGUUCCCGUUUUCUUUAGACAUGACGCCGUAUGUGUCGUCUUCGAUUGUCAGGAAAAGAUUUGGGAACCGGAUUUUUGCGUUUGAGGGGGACGAAUCAGACAUUUCAACAAAUUUUGAAGUUUUUGCUGUGAUUACUCAUUCGGGUAUGCUUGAAUCGGGUCAUUAUGUGACUUAUCUUCGGUUGAAUGAGCAAUGGUACAAGUGUGAUGAUGCAUGGAUCACGGAAGUCGAGGACGAAAUUGUCCGAUCAUCGCAAAUUUACUUGGUGUUUUAUGUUCAGAAACCGAACGAGCAUAAAUCCGGCGAGGAUUCCGGCUGUCAUCUCCUGUCGGGUUCUGGCGAGUCCUAUAAGUCGAUUGCUGGUUGUUGCUGAAGAUGGAUGGAUUUUGGAAGGUGGUACGUUAUGCUUUGAUCGGUUGUACCUUUGACUUUUGGUAAUCUGUUUGAGAAUAUGGUGCAAAAUAAGGGCCAUUGAAAAACAGCCAUCAAUUUUAUUGGGUUUGGCUUUCUAACCUUCAUGUAUGUACAGAGUAAUUCCUUUUGCUCGGAAAGUGAGAGGGUUUUUUUUGCUAUUUUGCAUUUCUCUAACUUGGAAUCUUCUUUCCUAAUUGAUAAUUGAAGUUUUUACUUAAGUCUAAGAGC